CUCAAAGUCAGUGCGCGGCGUGCGCGUCUCAUUCUACCUGCUGAACGCGCACUGAUUGAAGCAUGGCCAAAUCUCAGUCGAGACGCUGCUGCUUCUGCAUAGCCGCUUUUUUGUGCAUUGUUGCAAUUAUCUGCAUAUUCAUAAUUUUUGCCACCAAACAGAGAUGCGCGUUUACGCACGCAGCUGUUUCUGCGGACUCUCUGAUGUGCUCCGACGUUGGCAGGGACAUGCUGCUUCAGGGGGGGCUCAGCGGUGGACGCAGCCAUCGCAGCUCUGCUUUGCACUAGUUUAGUCAACCCACAGAGCAUGGGCUUGGGUGGGGGAUCCAUCUUUACCAUUAUGGACAAAACAGGCAAUGUGAAAAUCAUCAGCUCAAGAGAAACAGUCCCAAAAGGUGUCCAAAAGGAUCUGCUGUACAAGUGUCCGAAAACCACUCCAUUUGCUCUAGGAAGUCACUGGAUAGGUGUACCAGGAGAACUCCGCGGCUAUGAAACAGCUCACCAGUUGUAUGGAAAGCUGCCCUGGGCCAAACUAUUCGAGCCCUCCAUCAAGCUGGCAAGAGAGGGCUUCCCCAUGCCAGCCUACCUCACUUAUUUCUUGCAGAAAGAUAUAAUUAAAAAUCUGGUGAACGGCACUGAACUUUGUGAACUGUUCUACAAGGACAAGACAUAUUUACACCCAAGGGACACUCUUAAAUUCCCUAAGCUGGCAGAAACCAUGGAAACUAUCGCUAAAGAAGGAGCCGAUGCUUUUUACACUGGAAAAAUCGCCUUUGACUUGAUACAGGAUGUACAAGAGAGAAAUGGAAUGUUAUCAUUAGAAGAUCUGCGCGGUUUUUUGGUCAGAGUCAGUGACGCAUGGACAGUCAAAAUUGGGGAAUACACAAUGCACUUCCCUCCUCCACCAGCAGGGGGAGCGAUACUCAGCUUUAUCCUCCAACUAAUGCAUGGGUUUGGGCUUUCUUCAGCCUCCAACCAAGGGGACCAGAAAACCUUGACUUUGCAUCGGUUCCUUGAGGCGGUUAAGUUUGCGAACGGACAAAAGCGCAACCUCAAAGACCCCCAUGUCCACUCUAGAGAAUCUAGAGAUAUGGAAUACAUCAAAGAUGAGAAGUUCAUUGAGAAUAUCAGGGCUUUGAUCACCAACGACUCCACGCACGGCGCGUCUUACUACAACAUCACGCCGUCAGUCGACCGCUUUGGCACCACGCAUGUUUCAGUGAUGGCAGCAGAUGGCACUGCUGUGUCAGUCACCAGUACCAUCAACCAAAUGUUUGGGUCGACUGUUUACUCUCCUAAAACGGGUAUCAUCCUCAACAACGAGCUAGCUGACUUCUGCGGCCGAGCAGAUUCUGUCACACCAGGUGAGCAGCCUCCUUCCUCCAUGGCUCCUACCAUCCUCCAGUCCCAGAAGAAGACUCUGGUGAUUGGUGGAUCAGGAGGAAGUUACAUCACCACAGCCAUGGCCCUGUCCAUUAUGAACCACUUGUGGUUUGGGAUGAACCUUACCGAAUCUAUCGCUGCUAAAAUAGUAUUUGUGGACUCCAGCAACAAUGUCCAAUUUGAGGAUGGAUACAACAAAGCUGAUAUCGAGGCAAUGAAAAAGUUACGACACAACGUGAAGACAAACACAUUUCCGUUUUUAAAUGUGGUCAACGGCAUCUCAAAAGAAGGACAGUGCCUCAGUGCCGUAUCUGACGCCAGGAAGAAAGGCAAGUCGGCGGGAUACUGACCCUGCCUCUGUUUGUGCCGUCAGCUGUUAGAGAUUGGUGUGGUGAUUCAUCAGGCCUGGGAGGAAACAGGGUAAGGGUGGAAACAAAGGGUCAGCGCUCCCUUUCAGCGGCGCCUGUAGACACCAUAAAUUCAAACACGGGGUGAUUGUGCACAAUGCUGUGUAUUUGUCCCUCCAUGUCCACUUUGGUUGGACUCUUACCAAUGAGAGUUACAGUAAUGUUUAAGUGCAUGUAAAUGUUUUUUGUGUCAGAGAGACUGGGGUUAGUUGUCACACAGAGGAAGUUGUCACAAGGGUUGCAUCUCGGAAAUCACACUGGGAUUCAUUUAGGAAAGAGUCAAUUGAAUAAUUAAGGUAGAACUGUGUUGUUAAGAUGUUUUUUGACCAUAAAUUGUCAGGUCAGGGCAAGUUGUCACAUAUUGCAUAUGGUAUAGAGUGCUGGGGCGGUGGAGUAUUUUUGUAGGCCAACCCGGAAAGCCUUAACAGAAACCCAAUGGGAUUUUUUCACUGGCUUUUGGAAAAUUACAGAAUAUAAGCUCUGUGACCAACAAAAGCUUAUGCUUCUUAUGCAUAACUCUUAUGCAUUUUGAGGCCUAUAUACACUUGCCAUAUGUAACAAGUUAUAAUGCAAGUUAAUAAAUGAACUACAUGACUUCAAAAUCACCACCAUUAGGUUUCCAACAACUCUUUAAGUUUUUAUUCAAAAAAACAUUUUCCUUGAAAGUUUUAGUUAAAGUAGUUUGCAUAGUUUAAGCAGAUGUAUUUUUCUGUUUCCUGUUUGGUUUGAUGAUGUUUAAUGUCCCCGACAACGUCUGUAGUCCCAUUUUAGCCAUUUGUUAGUUAGUGCCUUUUUUAAGUAGAAGUUUAAAAAAAAAAAAUCACAAGUGGUAUUGUGAUGUAUUUUAUGUCGUAAAAUGAAAUAUGCAAACAUUUUGAGCUUGUGACCUUAUUUCAGGCAUUAAAAUUUCAAAAACCCAUUUAAAAAAUCAUUGACUUCAGAUGAUGGAACCGAAAAUGCUAAAUGCUAACUUGUUUGUAGCCUGUUGUUGUAGCCUACAAAAAUAAAUCAUCCCAGCAGCACUCUAUAUGUUGGUUAAAAUAUUAGUUGGAUAUUUUUCUAUAUGAUUCCUUUAACUUUUUGCUGAUUUUUAUGAACUGUUUUUUUUCUUGGCCAGUAAUAAUGGAAAUGUAAAGUAGCCAAAUCUUUUAGCAAUGCACAAAAACUAUCAGCAUAACCAUUUUCAGAUUUGUACAAAGAAGCACUUACCAUCAUCCAGCACAGUUUCCUAUGAGAGCUAAUAGCGAAUAACUUGAGGUAAAUGUUUCCUAAUGCACAUAUAUCUUACUAAAUCUAUUCCAUUUUUUAAGUUGUUACUGUAAAUGCUGGGGAAAACUGUUUUAUAACAAAACUGAAAUGUGAAUGCCACCAAAUUGUUUUAUAACUUGUGAAUGUGUUCUAGUUUUCAUAUGCACUUUUUAUAUUUUCCAUAAUUAUAUUUUUAUAAAAAUUGUUUUAACUGCAUACAUUGAUUGAACUUCAAUCAUAAAUAUUUUAUACUUUUCUACUAUUUUUAUAUUGUUUAUUGGAGUUGUUCAGACAUUUAAGUGGAUGGAUAUUCCACUGUGCCGCAUGAUGCACUACAGAAUAUGACAUAUUAACUGAAAUGCAUUUAAGUGCAUUUCAAAUCUUUUUAGUUUAUAUGUCACAAUAAAUCCUUUCUAAUGUC